UCACGCACACCACUGACUGCAUGAAGUAAGUUGAUUUCGCUUGUUUGACAAGCGCGUCUUCCAGAGACGCCAGUCGCGCGCGCUCAACGUGGCUGUAAAACGACAACGCAACCAGUAGACGCACCGUAACGCUCCGCUCACACGGCUUCCUAGCGGAGCAUGGGCAACGUUCCUCGUUCCGCUGCCGAUGUGAGCGUUGUGCGCACGCGCAUUAGUGUUAGCGUUCCGCUGAGCAGCUGUGCGAAAAGCCAUAGGAUACAACGGUCUGAGCGGAGCGGACCGUCAAUGCUCUGCUGCUCGUGCUAUCCAGUGUCGCUCAUACUCCCCGAGAUACUUCACCUCGGCACAGCAGUCAGCGGUCACCGGCCCAUCCACGAAGAUUAGUGGAAGCAUUCAACUAUACAACGGAUGCGGACAAACUUGUUUUGGCCAGGAACGCCAAGAGACCCGGCUAUGUACGAGCGAAUCGCUGGGGAGAACUCGCCGACCAGGAGCGGCUUAUCUGUAACGCUUCCGCCAUCACCUCCUCCUACACAACCAGUGCUCUGGUACGCCGAAAAAGAACCCACCAUGGCAUCCAGGCUGGCCUCCACGACCAAGGUGACGUGGGCUUUCCCCAGAGGGGUGACAACGCCCUGUGUAAGGCCGUCGGCAUUCUCGACUAAAGCACCUGUGCUUACAAGCCGAUGCGCGUGGUUGUGGCCUGCCGGUGGGCACACAGCUUCAUUGGCACAUAUAUUAGAAGCUUAUCACGGGUACGUCCGUGCAGUCCCGCUCACGCUCUCUGGAAAGCCGCAGCCAUCGGUAAGCACAGCUGGCUGCCAGUAUGCACAAGCGCCUUUCCCCAGUACAAAUUCACCGUAUUCAACGCCAUUGGGCGAUGUGAGUGAUGACGUGGCGCCGCGCGGAGAAGUUGCGUACCAGGAACCUGCCCACACCGUACAACACUGGACGCUUCUUGAGCUGAGGGAGCGUUACGGGGAUUCGGAGACUGACACGACAUACAGUAUAUACAUGGAAACCAACGUCAUGGACAACUAGAAUUUGGAGGCCGACUACGCUGACAUGACAGCUGGGAUACCGAGUCAGUGGAGACUCAAGACACGGAGGCUAAUGCACGGACCUUCCUGACCAAGAGGAGUCAAGUGCUCUCAAGUGUUCCCACGUGUAAAUCGUGGAUGAAUAAAAGUCUAUUUGAG